UUGAUUAACUAUCUGAACUAACUUGGUACGCACCAGCUUUCGAAGUAUUUUGUCAGCUGGUUCCCGGCAGAGCAGGACGUUUAAAAUACAGGACAUUUAUUUUAAACAAUGAAUGUAAGUCGUAGAAAUGGCAACAGGUAAAAGGGAUAAAACGUUCGUGGCGUCUAUUGAUAUUGGAACAACAUAUAGUGGCUAUGCCUUCUCUUUUAAACAUGAUUACGAAAGGGAACCGACUGCUGUAAAGGUAAACCAAAAAUGGGUGGCAGGAACAUCAUCCCUUCUUUCAUUAAAAACAUCGACAGUUGUCCUAUUUGACAAGAACAAAAAGUUUCAUAGUUUUGGGUUUGAAGCGGAAAACAAGUACUCUAAUUUAGCAGAAGAUGAAGAACAUCGUGACUGGUACUUCUUCAAAAAGUUUAAAAUGAAACUUCACGGAAAGAAGGUAACCCGAGAUAUUGUCAUUCCUGACGACAAAGGACGAGAAAUGAAGGCAAUGAUUGUUUUUGGAGCUGCUAUAAAGUAUCUGAAAGAUCAUCUUCUUAAUUUGUUGAAGACUAGAAAAACCCAGGUUGAUGAUAAAGUCAUUCAUUGGGUGAUAACUGUACCGGCAAUAUGGACAGAUUCUGCAAAACAAUUUAUGCGAGAGUCCGCAUAUGAGGCCGGUAUCGAUGGUGCGCUUCUGUCAAUAGCGCUAGAACCAGAGGCUGCGUCCCUUUUCUGUCAGAUACCGCCCUCGGAUCAAAGUAUUAUAGGAGUCACCGAGAGAGCAAAAUUUGCUCUUGUUCAGCCAGGAACUAAAUAUAUGGUGAUAGAUUUGGGAGGUGGAACAGCUGACAUUACAGUACAUGAGAAACAAUCCGAUGGAGGUCUCAAAGAGAUACAUAAAGCUACUGGAGGAGCUUGGGGUGGUACCAAAGUAGAUGAUGAAUUUUCCCAAAUGUUAAUUAGAAUAAUUGGAGGGCCAGUUUAUCAAAAAUUUUGCGACGAUAAAAUUGCAGACUUUCUAGAUCUGCAAAGAGAACUUGAAACAGCAAAACGUUUAGUAAAACCUACAACUGACGAUAAAAUAACAAUGAGAGUUCCUGUAAGUAUCUCAGAGAUAUAUCGCAAAAUGAUGAAGGAAGAAGUAACUGAUGCUUUAGAUGCAUCAAGAUACAAAGGCAAAAUCAAAUGGAAUGCAGACAAGAUGAGGAUCGAUCCAGGCAUUUUCAAAAGUUUCUUCAAGCCAUGUACAGAGAAGCUGAUUGCUCAUUUGAAUUAUUUGAUGAAGAAACCAGACGUGCAAGGAACCAGUAUAUUCCUAAUGGUUGGUGGAUUUUCUGAAUCAGAUAUAAUGCAGACUGCCGUUACUGAUGCCUUCCCAAAAGUUUCAGUAGUUGUUCCAGAGGAUGCUGGUCUCACGAUUGUAAAAGGCGCAGUCAUAUUUGGACAUAAGCCUAUUACAAAUAGAAUCACAGCCCGAAAGGCAAAGUAUACGUACGGCAUUAAUAUAUCUCCACCGUUUGAUCCAUCAAUCCACCCAGAAGAUCACCGUGUGACAGUUGGAGGAGUUGAUCGCUGUAGGGAUGUCUUUAAAAAAUACAUUCAAGAAGGUGAAACAGUUCUUGUACAUGAACCUCGAACAGGCAAGCACGUGACACUGAAGGCACACCAAAAGGAAAUGCUGCUGAAAAUAUUUGCUUCUGAAAAAUCGAACCCGCAAUUCGUUGACGAGUGUGAAGUAGAAUACAUUGGUCCACUGAUAGUUAAGUUACCAGACACACCAGAUAAGAUAAGAGUAGAGGUUAGAAUGAAGUUUGGUGAGACAGAACUAAUGGUAGAAGCAGAAGAACAGUUAAAUCAUGAAGUUUUUACAGCUUAUUUUGAUUUCUGCUAAGCUUCUAAUAAAAUGACGACUUUGAUACAUGUAUCGAAUAUGAAAAUCUUUUUUUUAUUUGUAUCAUAUGGCGGAUACCAAAGUCUGUUUGUUAUUGUAUCUCAUGCUAUAUACUGAUAUUUUGAUUGUCACGUGCCAUGUCGAAGUUUCUUCAAGGCUGGGACUCCAUUUUUCAACAGAGUUGUGCCAUUCAACCAAGCUGGAAAAAUUAAAAUACAUGAUUACAUGUUUGUAUGAUAGGAACCAUUAAUAUGACGAAUUGUCUGGAGAAUUAUUUAUUUUGUGUGAGAAUAGUUUUAGUGUAAAAUCUUUAAAUUGUUUUUCCAUUACUUUCAUUUUUGUUUUUAUGACUCAGGUCUUCGGUCUUGAUCGUUGUGGAAAAGAUAAAUAAAUUGUGAUAUUAUUUUUGC